AUGGAGCGCGUCGACAGACAGGGAGCUGGGGGAGAGAGGAAAGGAAAGGAAAAGGUACUCGUAGUCAGGGUGGCGGAGAAGGGAAGACGCUUUGGACAACGCGUCGCUGCGGGAAGGAGUGCGCGAGGGUUCGGGGAUGCAAUGGUUGACAUGCUGCGUGCGACCGAUCUCGGACAUGCGACUCAGGUCUUUGAAGCAGAUCGGACAGUAGCAGUCUUUGACGAUACAAGUCGCUUCCUUGUCAUUCGGACCAUCUUUGGAGUUGUCGGUUUCUUGAUCGCGGAUUGUUAUAAUAAACUUUGA